GCCCUCGCAAGGCGGGGCCUCCGCCCGUGCAGGUCCCCGAGCCGACAACAAACAACACACUACAGAAGUGUAGUCACAUUGCUUAAUGCCAAGACACUACAGUGAUGUGCCUAGUAUAAGAACCUAUACAGAAUAGAAUAAAUGCCAUGACUUGAAAGAAUCCCCUAUAGGAGGUUAAAUGAUCUCAUCUGCAUACAAGUCCUUGUAUGUUUUCUCUGUCCGUCAGGACCAACUAUCUUCUCGUUGCACAGUUUCUGAUAACAGGACAAAAAUUGCAAUUAUUUGAAUUGAAGCCAGUUCCACAAAACUGUCUUCACACAAUACACAAAGAAUACAAACUGGGCUCCAUUAUGAAGGUCUUCUGUGGAAGGGCCAAUCCAACCACAGGUUCUGUGGAAUGGUUAGAGGAAGAUGAGAACUAUGACUACCAUCAGGAGAUUGCAAGAUCAUGCUAUGCAGACAUGCUGCAUGACAAAGAUAGAAAUGUGAAGUAUUACCAGGGCAUCCGUGCUGCUGUAAACAGGGUGAAAGAAAGGGGUGAGAAAGCAAUUGUCCUAGACAUUGGGACUGGCACAGGACUCCUGUCCAUGAUGGCAGUUACAGCAGGUGCAGACUUCUGCUAUGCCAUUGAGGUCUUCACUCCUAUGGCUAUUGCUGCAGUGAAGAUAGUGGAGAAAAAUGGCUUUAGUGACAAGAUCAAGGUAAUCAACAAGCACUCCACUGAAGUCACAGUUGGGCCAGAUGGAGACAUGCAGUGUCGUGCAAACAUCCUGAUAACAGAACUAUUUGAUACAGAGCUGAUAGGAGAAGGGGCUUUGCCAUCCUAUGAACACGCCCACAAAUAUCUUGUACAGGAAGGAAGUGAGGCAGUGCCUCACAGGGCAAGAGUAUAUGCCCAGUUAGUGGAAUCCAAAAGAAUGUGGUCCUGGAACAAGCUAUUUCCUGUUCACAUCCAAGCAGAAGAUGAUGAGAAAAUUAUUGUCUUCCCUUCAGAAAUAGAGAACUGUCCUGGUGUUCCUUCUGUCUAUGAUAUCCAGCUAAACCAGGUGCCUCGGAGUGACUUCACUAUCCUCAGCGAUGUUGUAACUAUGUUCAGUGUGGAUUUCAGUAAGCAAGUAAACAGCUCCUCAACCUAUUACACAGCAAAAUUGGAGCCCAUAAAAUCUGGCAUGGCACAAGUGAUCCUCUCCUGGUGGGAUGUUGACAUGGACCCCUCUGGGACGAUAAAAUGUACUAUGGCACCAUCCUGGAUACAACCCACCUCUAAUGAUGUUCAGUGGAGAGAUCAUUGGAUGCAGUGUGUAUAUUUUCUUCCAAAUGAGGAACCAGUUCUUCAGGGUGAGAAUGUGUACCUGACUGCAUACCGUGAUGAAUAUUCCGUGUGGUAUAAGCUCCAGAAGGCCAGAAAUGAAGAGGACAAAAAAGAUGCCUAUGUUGGGAGUCCUCUUUGUAGCUGUCAGGCUCAUCUGCUUUGGAACAGGCCACGCUUUGGAGAGCUGAAUGAUCAGAACCGAACAAAUCAGUACAUCCAGGCUCUGAUGACGGUGCUGGAAAAAGACAGUAUUUGCCUCUGCAUCAGUGACGGCAGCCUUCUUCCUCUGCUGGCUCAGUAUCUUGGAGCAGAGAAGGUGUUUACAGUAGAGAACUCUGCAGUAUCGCAUUGUCUCAUGGAGAAAAUAUUUAAAGCCAACCAUGUAGGAGAUAAAAUUAAAAUAAUAGAGAAACGUCCUGAAUUACUGACCGCUUCUGAUUUGGAAGAUAAAAAGGUCUCAGUCCUCAUAGGAGAACCGUUUUUCACUACAAGCCUGUUACCAUGGCACAACCUAUACUUCCUGUAUGCUAGGACAGCUGUGGCAGCCCACCUCACAAACAGUGUCACUGUCCUGCCACAGUCUGCUUCCCUUUACAUGAUGGUCGUGGAGUUCAAGGACUUGUGGCGAAUUCGAAGCCCAUGUGGUAUCUGUGAAGGGUUUGAUGUUCACAUUAUGGAUGACAUGAUUAAGAAUUCUCUGAAUUUUAGGGAGUCCAAGGAGGCAGAGCCUCACCCAUUGUGGGAAUACCCUUGCAAAUCACUGUCUGACCCCCAAGAGGUUAUGACAUUUGACUUCAGACUGACUGUACCACAACAUACUCUCAGCACAGAUGGCUCUGUAAAUCUGUUAAGGACUGGGAAGAGCCAUGGAGCAGUUCUGUGGAUGGAAUAUCAUCUGACUGCUGAUAUCUCAGUCAGCACAGGACUUGUGCAGAUUUCAGAUGAAAAGGGCAAUUGCAAAUGGAAUCCUCACUGCAAGCAAGCUGUCUAUUUCUUCAGUUCUGCACUUGAACCAGAAACUCUGACAGACCUCCCUAGUGCUAUCACAUACGCUAUAAAUUUUAACCCAAAGACGGGCGAGAUUGCGAUGAGUUUUAAACCAUUAUCAUAACAUUCUGCUUUUACUUGACACUUUCCUAAGUUAUAAUAAAUACAUUGAGAGAUGGUGA